AUGAAUCAAUCAUUUAAAAGAAUUUUUAAUAAUAAAUUUUUUAGAAAUUAUUCAUCAUUUUCAAUUUCAAAAGAACAAGUUAUAGCAGCAGAUAGUCAAAAAAAGAGAUCAAGUCUUCUUGGUAAAAUUUUAGCAUUUACAAUUAUUUCAAAAUUAGGAUAUGACGUAACCAAUACAGGAUUAGCAUAUUAUAAGGGACAAAACGCAACUACAGAAACCAUUGUUGCCGACUCAUGGAAUGAUAUAUUAUAUCCAGUAUUUCAAGUGGUAACCAAUGAUCCAAGAGUUGUAUCAACAUUGGGCGGACCAGUUUCAUUUGAAAGUCCACCAUCAGAUUCAAAAUCACCAAUUAUCGAAUUGAAAAGAGAUUUCAAUUUAAAGAUUGCACCAAUUGAUUUCAAAGCACCAACAUUCCAUGAUAAUCAAUGGUUUUUACAAAAGAUUGGUAUUGGUAAUGGUAACCAACCAAUUGAUUUAGAGAAAUUAUCAGAGAGAGAAAAGAAGCAUUUACAACUUGGUAUUAUGGAUGCAAUCUAUGAAGAACUUAGUCAACACUCAAUUGCACAACAAAUCUCAAUGAUUCCAAAUCAAUACCUUCCAUUAUUAGUACCAUAUAAAAACAGAAUCUUUCCAUUAAUCUAUGGUGAAUCAACCUCUGAUGUCAUCAUUCCAAUUAAAGGUCCAAAAGGUAAUGCUAGUAUUUUAUUCAAUCUUUAUGCUUCUGAUGAUAAAUGGCAAGUGAGAAAUGCUGAAGUUAUUUUUAAUUCUGAUAAUAAAAAGAAACAAAUAAUUAAAGCAACUUCUGAUCAAUUAUAA